CGGGAUUCCAGUGUUGGGUUGACGGUGGGUUUAUGUCAAACACCGGCGGUCACAGCAACUUAUGUAAGGGCGAAGACAGCAGUAGAAGCCUGCUGGGAAACUACUUUUGGAGGCGUUUCGCUGCAUGCUCGGAUCCGCUGCUGGCCUCCCAAGCAGUGUGUCUGUCCAUUGGCCGGACCGCUCAGAACAACGACGGUGGGAUCAGUGUCGCAAAGCGCAAGAACUCCGUGGGACAACAACAAAAGCUUCACAGUCUAUGGGAACUGCUGCGGCAGUCAAUGCAGUCUUCCACAGGCCGUCUUCCCCUGCGGCUGAGAACCCAGCAGCACUGCCAGCAUGUCCCACGUCUCCUCCGCCGCCAAGCGCUAUGCUGGCCCGUCCUACACCAGCCACUACAGCUCCUACAGCUCCAUAACGCCCAGCCUUAGCUCCUACAGCGAGCGGAACAGGUUGUCCUCUUACAAGUCCCCUACCUCCUCCUCAGGUUACGCCUCUUCCAGCUACCUGAGUCGAAACUACAGCACCCCAGACCGCGGCCGGGUCAUCCCACGGACUGACAUUCUCGGGAGUAGCAACAGCAGCAGCAGCAGCAACCGCCGCAGUGAAAGCCUCAGUCGAACCCCUGUCAAGAGCUAUGCGGGUUCUGGACUUAGUGGGGGGUCAGCCUACACGACAUACAGCUCCUAUUCGUCCCCCUCAGCCCAGUCCAGCUACCUCUCCUCUUCACCGGUGGCCUCCAGAAUGUCGCUCAACCGACGAAAAUCAUCAUCCCAGAAUGACUUAAGCAGGGACUUGGCUUCUCUGGGCCUCAAUGACGCCUCGUCUUCGUCCAGCCCUUCUUCCUCCUCCGGCAGCUCGAGGAGCUACCGUAGUCGGGCCAGUGACGUGGCUACCUCCUAUGGCGCCAACUCCUCAGGCCUGUCACGGAGCACUACUCAGGAGGCCCUUUCAUGGAACUCCACCAAGGAGGCCUUGAGCACCAGCAGCAGGUCACACAUUUCUUCAGCGUGGGAGCCAAGCACGAGUGGCGUGGCCGUGUCCCCCAUUAGGGACUCCACGAACUCAAAGAGUGCACAGGGACUGGUGGGACUGAAAAACCUCGGAAACACUUGUUUCAUGAACAGUAUCCUGCAAUGUCUCAGCAACACACACAACCUGCGAGACUACUGCCUGCACAACUCGCACCGAAGAGACCUUAAUAACAACAGCCGCACCAACACAGCCCUCAUGGAAGAAUUUGCCAAGCUGAUACAAACCAUGUGGUCGUCAACCAGCAGUGAAGCAGUCAGUCCGUCCGAAUUCAAAACUCAGAUCCAGAGAUAUGCUCCUAGAUUUGUAGGAUACAACCAGCAAGAUGCUCAAGAGUUUCUGCGCUUUCUCCUGGACGGUCUGCACAAUGAGGUCAACAGAGUCACAGUCAGGCCAAGAGGCACUGUCGAAGACUUUGAUCACCUAUCGGAUGAGGAGAAAGGGAGGAGGAUGUGGAGCAAAUACCUGGAGAGGGAAGACAGUAAAAUUGUUGACUUGUUUGUCGGGCAGCUCAAGAGCUCGCUGACCUGCAGCCACUGUGGUUUCUGCUCGACUGUCUUCGACCCUUUCUGGGAUCUGUCUUUGCCUAUUGCCAAGAAGGGCUACGGUGAGGUGAGCCUUAUGGACUGCAUGCGGCUCUUCACCAAAGAAGAUGUCCUUGACGGGGAUGAGAAGCCAACGUGCUACAAGUGCAAAGCAAGGAGAAGAUGCACCAAGAAGUUCACAAUACAGAAGUUCCCCAAGAUCUUAGUUCUCCACCUCAAACGCUUUUCAGAAGCAAGAAGAACCAGCAAGCUGUCCACCUUUGUGAAUUUCCCGAUGAAGGAUCUAGACUUGCAGGAGUUUGCGUCCGACAACAGCAUCAAUGCAGUUUACAACCUGUAUGCAGUGUCCAACCACUCAGGCACCACCAUGGGGGGUCAUUACACAGCCUACUGUCGCAACCCCACAUCCGGGGAGUGGUACACGUUCAAUGACUCCAGAGUAACGCCAAUGUCCUCCAGCCAAGUGCGCAGCAGCGACGGCUACGUGUUGUUCUACGAGCUGAACUCUUCCUCCCGCAUGUGAAGCCUGGGGGGGUGGGUGUGGGGCAAGAGGGGCCGCAGCACCACCCUUGAUGGAUGGUGCAAUGGAAAAGGAGCGUUACAACGCACGCACCGAGGCUCCUCAACCAGGAUGGAGGCUGCCUGUGUCAGCAGAGAACACGAGAAAGGGGCACGCAAGAACUUCGAUCACCAGCCCUGCUUUCUUUCUCCCUUGUCGUCUGUCUUUCUCAUCCAGGGUAGAUGUGUGUGUGUGUGUGUGUGUGUGUGUGUGUGUGUGUGUGUGUGUGCGCGCGUGUUAGCUGGACACAGGGCAAUAAUCCCAUUCACCUGAGGAACCCAUGAGUCCACCUGCAUCUCCUAAAUCUAUGCACCACAAGCCCAACUCCUGACUGCGCCUUCACUUUUUCUUGGUUGCCUCAAAGCAUUCGACUCACAGGUUUUUUGUGUCAUUUCUGCUUUCCAGUAUUUUUGUUUUUUGGGGUUAGCACAUCGUCAUGAUCAUCAGCUAAAGUGCGCUCGUGUGUGGCUUUUUUUUUUUUUUUAAACUUGGUUGUGGUUACAAGACCUGCAUGCACUGCACCGUAACACUCCAGCUGUGUCUCAAAUGGAAUACUUCCGUCAGUACGCUUCAGGAAGUAUAUUAGGUACACUGCGUACGCACCCAUUUUGACGGUCCCAAUUCGAUUACUGUUGGAAAUGACGAUCCUUCUCUCCUUUUCAAUUGUGAAUUGCAACCACUGGAGUUAGCCCCUCCCCUUUGGCGCGAUUGAGGGCUGUACAUGCGCCAUCCGGGCACUGAUGCCACACUGCAUUUUCUUGUACUUCUCAGUGUGAGCGCACUUACGCACUGAAAAUGCUGAGUGUAAGUACGGAAGUGUGCAAAUUGAGACACAGCUCAUGUCGCUAAACAUGGCACAGCGGCACUGUUGUACGUCUAAUGAAGCUACUCUUCCCCACAUGUGGCUGCUGCUGAUGUUUGCAAUGUGCUGUGAAUGAUUGACAGUUUUCAUCUAUUAUUAUUCAUGAAUAUCCAUCAUAGUUAGGUCCUCAUCGGUCAUUAGGAGGUCUUCCUCUCGUUUCAUGCCAUUGAACAACAAGGAAAGAAUGUUUUAAAGAAGACACACACAAAAAAAACAUGAUCUGUAUAUUUUUAUAUCCUGAUGCAAUAUAGAGAAUGUACUAUUCAAUGGUGCUGAAGCUGACCCAUAACUGUUUUCGUUUGACUUCUGUACCGAGUUUCAAGGAAGAAAAGAGAUAUUUAUGCUUAAAGGAUAUUGUAACGAGUCACUUUUUAACAGAGGCAGUCAAACAUGAUUCGAUAUCUAUGAAUAUAUGUGAAUAAAAGGCCACAGAAAAUGCGUUGCUUCUAUUUAUUCGAAGUUUUGCAUUAUAACAUUCAAUUUUGCUGUUAAUCAACUCAAAUCAUACAAAUGAAAUACGAGUCAUAAAAAAUGAAGGCUGCAGUGGCAUAUUGUACAUUAAAUGUACUGUAAUAUCUCAUAUUAAUAGUACUUUUGUUUUUAUGAACAUGCCAAGGAAGAUUAAAAAUUAAUUCUGGGCCCAAAAUGGCACCCAGGCUGGACUUUGGACAUCCCUGCUAUACAGCGACUAACGACAUGAAUAUAUACACAACUUAAAUAUGGAAUUGUAGUGGUUUGGGAAUACUACCUGAUUUCUUUGAUUCAGAACAGGCCAUUUUUUGUCAGUUUUGAGUCUU